CGUACAGAACACACGCAUACAUACACACUCACACUCACUCAUGACCCUGCGCGCCCACAAACUCAGACAUACACAGUCAGCGAAACACUCGCCUCAGCUCUCAGAACUCAUCCACGUGCUGGUGUGUUGAGAAACACUCUGUCACACAUUCCGUUCGUCACUGGCUCCUUGGCUCUGACCGGAGAGAAUGCUUCUGCUGUAUCGCAUAUGACUCCAUGCCUGCUCUAACUGAAGAGUGCUACAGAACACAGAGCAGAGCGGAAGCAGCAGCUGUGACUGAGGAACAGAGGAGGAGAAAUGCUAACCCCCCUCUGAGAGAACAAAAAGCAGCCUGACGUUGUGGCAGCAGCAGAAACAGCCUUUGUCUUGUCCUGCUUGGUUCACAUGCUCCCCCCGUAGAAGAAAUCAGAAGAGAGGAGACCAGAGGAGAGGAGCCGCACUGAGCACUGACACACUGGCCUACUCUACCAGAGAGAGAAAGGGUUGGCUGUUUGAUGUGUGUUAUCCUGUUGCUCUUCCCUGUGUGGAUUCAGUACUUGGACAGCUCCAGAGCACUAGGUCCGCUCAGCAACACAGUGUGUAUUUUUGCUGGUCGUGUGUUACAGUCUAUGUGAAGUCUCACUCGUCGAGACUCCAUCUCCAGGGAAGCCCUGGACCCCCAUUCCCAGCCCUCCAUGGCUCUCUCCCUGGCUCCCUGCAGCCCUCUCUCCCUGGGGACAGCAGACAGCAUGGCCAGCCUGGAGCACCAGGGGGAGAAGCAGCUCUUUGAGAAGUUCUGGAAGGGGACGUUUAAAGCUGUGGCCACACCGAGACCAGAGAGCAUCAUCGUGGCAAGCAUCACCGCCAGUAGGAAGGUUAUCAGUACGGAGACAACAGCCUGCCAGCCACUCAAAGCCGAUGAGAGAAAAGGGGAGGUCGCGGACACCAAGGUGGACACAACCACAGACAGAAAUGGAUGCAUUAGAGACAUAGGACGACACAAACAUAGCAGCUAUCAUCGUACACGGUGUGUGUCAUUUGAUGACGAUCUCUCCCCUUGGCCCCACGCUCCCAAAGGGAAGAAAAAGAAAAGGAAAUCGGAGAGAAAGAGGAAGAGGAAAAGGUCUCCAUCCUACAGCCUGUCACCAGUGAGGAAGAAGAAGAAGAAGAAGAAGAAGAAGAGCUCUAAGAAAAGCAAACGCCACAGGUACACCUCUAAAAAGACAAAGCACAGCUCUUCAAGCUUGAAACAUAAGAGGAAGGGUGAUCGAAAGCACAAAAAAAGCUCACGGAGUCACACAAAGCGGAGACGACGCUACCGGAGGUCAGAGUCAGAGAGUUCCACCUGGCGCUCCUCCAGCGCCGAGAGCAGCCAUCAUCUGCACAAAUCAGUGAAUCGCCCUGUGUUGGGAGGCCUAGCAGCCCAGAGGGAGGACCCUAGUACAGCGCACCUGGACCACAGAGCGUUUGAGUGGGGGUCCGCCGCCAAGUCAGUCUGUAAAACGACUCCAAUCUUUCGCUCCGUCCUUUCUACUGGCACCGAGGAAAUCUUGAUUGGUCUUGCAGUCAAAACCUGGCAGUGAGGUUUUAAACACGACAGUAGUUCACCAUCACACUCUGACCAAUCAGAGCAAAGGACCUCAGGAUUACGAUUCCGGGAAUGACACGUCUUCACCACCGUCGACCAAAACCAGCAUUUCACGGACAAACGUCA